CUCUGACCUCACUGUAGGUGUGGACACUGCCAGCGACUGCAGCCAACUUGGAAUGACCUGGGAGACAAGUACAACAGCAUGGAGGAUGCCAAGGUCUACGUGGCUAAAGUGGACUGCACAGCCAGCUCUGACGUGUGCUCUGCCCAGGGUGUGCGAGGAUACCCCACCCUGAAGUUUUUUAAGCCUGGCCAAGAAGCGGUGAAGUACCAGGGUCCUAGAGACUUUGAAACACUGGAAAACUGGAUGCUGCAGACGCUGAAUGAGGAGCCGCCUACACCAGAGCCUGAAGCGGAACCACCCAAAGCCCCUGAACUGAAGCAGGGGUUGUAUGAACUCUCGGCCAACAACUUUGAGCUGCAUGUUUCUCAAGGCGACCACUUUAUCAAGUUCUUCGCUCCGUGGUGUGGUCACUGCAAAGCUCUGGCUCCAACCUGGGAGCAGCUGGCCCUGGGCCUUGAACAUUCCGAAACUGUCAAGAUUGGCAAGGUCGACUGCACGCAGCAUUAUGGGCUCUGCUCAGAAAACCAGGUUCGAGGCUAUCCCACUUUGCUGUGGUUCCGAGAUGGCAAGAAGGUGGAUCAGUACAAGGGAAAGCGGGACUUGGAAUCACUGAGAGACUAUGUGGAGUCACAGCUGCAGGGUCCAGAGGUGGCCCCAGAGACUGUCGAGCCCUCAGAGGCCCCAGAGCUGGCUGCUGAGCCCACAGGUGACAAGGGCACUGUGCUGGCACUCACCGAAAAGAACUUUGAAGAUACCAUUGCACAAGGAAUAACCUUCAUCAAGUUCUAUGCUCCAUGGUGUGGGCACUGUAAGAAUCUGGCCCCUACCUGGGAGGAGCUCUCUAAAAAGGAAUUCCCUGGCUUGGCAGAGGUUACUAUCGCGGAAGUGGACUGCACUGCUGAACGGAAUAUCUGCAGCAAGUACUCGGUACGAGGCUAUCCCACAUUGCUGCUUUUCCGAGGAGGUGAAAAAGUGGGUGAGCACAAUGGAGGUAGAGACCUUGAUUCUUUACACAGCUUUGUCCUGCGCCAGGCAAAGGAUGAACUCUAGAUACCCUGGGAAAUCGUGCAUCCUGGCUCCAUCACCUCGUGCGGAGGAGUGACAGCAGACGGGCACCCGCGUUCCCACUGGGGUUAAUCAGAAAGCUGCGUGUACUAAGCCUGUGUAGCUUCUCCAUGUGUGCUUCUUCAGCCACCACACACUAUGGAUCUUGGUUGUGUUUCUCUAAUCAUAGCUCAUGGUCCCUGGGCAAAUAUUUUCAGUGGCAAUCCAUCCUGUAACCUUCUCUUGACAAAAUUAAAUUGGCUUUCCUUGCAAUGAAAA